AUGCUGUCAGAGCCAAACCCGCGCGCGCCCUCCUGCGCGCCGCUGAUUCGCCACGGCACCGGGACCACGCGCCCUGCUCAGAGUAAGCCGAAGGCAGCUGUGAAUUCGAGUCCCAGAACUUACGUGGAACUGGCAAAGAUAUUUAGAGUUUCUGAGACUGAUGCCUACCGGCAACGUCCGAGGAAUCAGCGCGGCGCAGUCGCGCUAGGGGCCCCGAGGCACCUGCGCCUGCGCAAGAGAAAAAAGAGGCGUGGCCUAAGAGCCUCGGGCGGGACUUGGGGACCUGACCCAGCUAAGCAAAGAAAACCAUUUUUCGAGAGGCUCCGUCGACUAGAAGAGCAGUUUCAGAGACUCCAACAGGUGACCUUAACACACCUGCAGGACAUUGCCAACAACUACAAUGUGCACUACAAUAUGGAUGCCCGCUUCCAGAGCCUGGUGGAAGAGAGCCAGGCCAUAGCUCUAGCAGUGAACCAGUCUCAAGCCGCCAUACAACGGGAUGUGGCCCACCUAAAGGCAUGGUUUAGGAAGAGCCAGCGCAGGAGCCGGAAGAUGGAUGCCCGGCUUCAAGCCUUGGACCUCUCCCUGAACACAAAGAGCAGACAGUGGCUGGAGCAGGAAAAGGAGCAAAAGGCACAGAGGGAGGCUGUUGCAAGCCUGGCCCUGAGCGUUAAGGCCCUACAGGAUGCGCUGGCCAGCCUGACACAGCAAGUCCAUAGCCAGGAUGCUAGGCUUGCUGCUCUUGAGAGGCAGAAGCAGAGGGCCUCCCCUAAUAAUGCAGCCCUGGGGCUGACUAAAGCCCCCACCCCCACCCAGCUUGCUCAGCCAGGCCCAGGUUCCUUGCAACUGUGGAGGGACAGCCAGGCAUCCAGGCCUUCACCCCAACACAGGAGUUCCCCCCAAGACUUCACUGUCCAUGUUCAGGAGAUGCAGACGUUCCAAGCUCCAAGCAGCCAUCAAGCAGCCCCAUCAAGGACCCGCCAAGGACCAGGAAACAUUUGCAGCACAGGCCCAGUGUUCGUUUUCCCCAACACCUCCACUGACAAUGUGGUCUUCUUCAGCCCUGGCUUCCUCAUGCCCCUUCGAGCCCUGUCCUUCUGCAGUUGGGUCCGCGUGGCCACCAGCCACCUGGGCACACUCCUUUCCUAUGCCACCAAAGACAAUGACAACAAGCUAGUACUGCACGGCCGUGACUCCCUGCUCCCCGGCUCCAUCCACUUUGUGAUCGGUGACCCGGUUUUCAGAGAAUUGUCCCUGCGACCACUCUUGGAUGGUCAGUGGCACCACAUUUGUCUCAUCUGGACAUCCAAGGAGGGCAAGUACUGGCUCCACAUAGACCGAAGGAUAGUAGCCACCGGCUCCCGCUUCAGAGAGGGUUAUGAGAUCCCGCCUGGAGGGUCCCUUGUGCUUGGCCAGGAACAGGACACUAUGGGGGGUGAGUUUGACAGCUCUGAGGCCUUUGUAGGGAGCAUAUCUGGAUUGGCUAUCUGGGACCGGGCGCUGGUCCCUAGAGAAGUUGCCAACUUGGCCACUGGGAAAGAGCUCCCGACAGGUGCCAUUCUGACGCUGACCAAUGUCACGUCAGUGGGCGGAUUUGUGCAGAGAGCCAAAUGUGCCUGCUUGGAGCAGUGUCCAUGAUGCUGCCACACACAGGCUGCAUCACAGCCAAGGCCAUGAAGAAGAACAGGCCUCUGGAUCAAUGCAUUCCAAAUCACUCCCCUGCCGCCACUGCUGGGCUGGGUGUGCCUGUGCUCUAAUGCAGG